AGGGCGGGCAAUGGGUGGAACUUCCGGCUGCUGUUCCGUCAGCUGCCUGCUCCGGGCGUCUCCCCGCAACCUCCUCAGCUUCGCUAGUCCGUGACCCCGCGCUGGGCGGCGGACGGGGCCCGGGAGCGCGAACUACGGGCUAGUGACAGCGAGGGGACUGUGACCCAGGGUGGCUGCCCGCGAGAGGUCUGCGACCCUGGGGAGAGCGGAGGACCGGGACGCCGGGGAGCACGAGACAGAGGCUGCGACGGGACCAUGCCCGAGGCAGUGGCUUCAAGGGGGCCGUGACCACGGGGCGAUGACUCGAGACUGAUCGAUGGAUGGCACUUUAAAAGAAGAUGGAUGCACAGAGUUCAGCCAGAGUCAACUCAAGGAAGAGGAGGAAAGAGGCCCUCGGACCAAAUGGGGCAACAGAGGAAGAUGGGAUUCCUUCCAAAAUGCAGCGCUGUGCAAUGGGCUUACGGGAACCAGCUCCUUUUUCUGAUGAAAUCGAGGUUGACUUUAGUAAGCCCUAUGUCAGAGUAACUCUGGAAGAAGCCAACAGAGGAACUCCUUGUGAGCGACCUGUGCGAGUUUAUGCAGAUGGAAUAUUUGACUUGUUUCACUCUGGUCACGCCCGGGCUCUGAUGCAAGCAAAGAACCUCUUCCCGAAUACAUACCUCAUUGUGGGAGUCUGCAGUGACGAGCUAACGCACAACUUCAAAGGCUUCACGGUGAUGAACGAGAACGAGCGCUACGACGCAGUGCAGCACUGCCGCUACGUGGACGAGGUGGUGAGGAACGCGCCCUGGACCCUGACCCCCGAGUUCCUCGCAGAGCACCGGAUUGAUUUUGUAGCUCACGAUGACAUCCCUUACUCUUCUGCUGGGAGCGACGAUGUCUAUAGGCACAUCAAGGAGGCAGGCAUGUUCGCACCGACACAGAGGACAGAAGGCAUCUCCACGUCAGACAUCAUCACCCGAAUUGUCCGGGACUACGAUGUGUAUGCCAGGCGCAACCUGCAGCGGGGCUACACGGCCAAGGAGCUCAACGUCAGCUUCAUCAACGAGAAGAAAUACCACCUGCAGGAGCGGGUUGACAAAGUCAAGAAGAAAGUAAAAGAUGUGGAGGAAAAGUCCAAAGAAUUUGUUCAGAAGGUGGAGGAAAAAAGCAUUGACCUCAUCCAGAAGUGGGAGGAGAAGUCCCGAGAAUUCAUUGGCAAUUUCCUGGAAAUGUUCGGUCCAGAAGGAGCACUGAAACACAUGCUGAAAGAGGGCAAAGGCCGGAUGCUGCAGGCCAUCAGCCCCAAGCAGAGCCCCAGCAGCAGCCCGACCCGGGAGCGCUCCCCCUCCCCCACCUUCCGCUGGCCCUUCUCCGGCAAGACGUCCCCCCCUUCCUCCCCAGCGGCUCUGUGUAGGCACAAGGCAGUGGCCUAUGACAUCAGUGAGGAUGAAGAAGACUAACUUCCAUCCUUUCCUCUGCUUCCCUACCCUGUCACCUUCAGAAGCUCUGUUGAGUUCACAUUGUGAUCCUAACACUAAGCCUAAGGACAGCUACAAAGGAAAGAACUUGGGGGCAAGAGGACCUAGGAAUGGGGAACCAAACAGUCCACCCUUAAGCCACAUCUGUCACCACACCAAGGAGGCCGGCUGCACCUUAGAAAAGCCUGUCUGCAUUCCCCACCCCUGCCCCAAGGACUUUGCUUCACUGGUUCUGUUCAUAUGUUCUUGACAGGGAAAUUGUCAUUUUUAUUAAUUUUUUAAAAAUAGUCUUUCAAAUAUAGUAAGUAGGACUAACUUUCUGCCCCUGAGGAGUGGGCAGGAGGAGGAGGCAGUGUCAUACCCAGAGGCCUUUUCUUCCUCACACACUGUAGUGUCUGCCUCCACCCUGAAGCCCGAGCCCUGCUGAAGGGUGCUUCAGGGACGGUGUCAUCUCGUGUCCUUAGAAACAGCCAAGAGUAACUCUGGCUGUGCUGCUGUUGGCGUGACCGUGGGAAGAGGACCUGAGCCAAACUUUUCCUACUCCCUGGGGAGUUUCUUGUUGACCCAGUGGGGUCCACGAAGAUGCUGACGGGACGGAUCCGGAUCCGGACUGCGCGGCCUGAGCCGCAGCCUUCUCUUCUGUGUUCGUCUUCUCAGAACAUUCUGUUGCCCAGUUAUGUGGGAGCUCUUGUCAGUCUCUCUCCUGCAACCUGCCCUUAAAGGAAGGGACACUUUGCGGGUUAUGGCGACCGGAAAGGGGAAUGAGACAGAAUCAAUCCUGCACAAAGUCCCUUUAGAUUCAUCUGCUGGGAGUCUGGCUCUGGCCUCGCCACCACUUUCAGUGCCGUUAGCUUCUGGCAGUGUCACAGCUCAGACUUGGUCCCUUUAUCCCUGUCGCUCAUAGACACACAGAGUUUUGAGGUCAGAUUAGAGGAUCUCUUUCCAUCUGAGGGCUGUGCCACAGGGCCCCAGUAUGGACUCCUGUGCAGAGCGUGCAGCAGGCUUCCCUUCCCACCUGUGCUGCCACGCAGUCCCCUCCCUGCUUAGCUGCCCACCAGGAGCUCAGCAUUUGAAUUUCAGUCAAGAAUGCCGAUGCUUGCAAGGCACUUGGAAUUGAGCUACUCUUGAUUUCGAAUCUCUCAGUAUCCUGUCACCUCAGGCAUGUGACUAUCCAACAUUGUAUCAAUGGACUGUAGAAAGUGUUCAUGUCCAAGCUCCAUCCCCUGUCACUCAUAAAUACCCCUUGCAUCGGUAAAUUUCCAUGUUUUCAGCAAAGCAAACCACAUUUUCUCUUUCACAGCCCCUGUGCUAGGACUGUGAGGAUCUCAGAGCCCCCUCCCCGAUGCUUUCUGGUCAGGCUGCUCUCCACCUUUGAAGCACGACUACCUAGGCUUAACUCAGAAGGCUAGGUGGGUGGCAGCUGGCAGAGGGCAGGGAAUGGAACCGCCUUUCUAACUUGUCUCCUGAAGCAUCCUUCAUUUGGUCCGGUCUGGUUGCACCAGCCUUGGCCUAGAACCCGUCUCUGGAACAGCAGAAGUCAGUGCCUUUAACUGGGCAUAGUGGCUCACACCUGUAAUCCUAACAAUGGAGAAAGAGACAGGAGGCGCAUUGCAAGUUCUAGACCAGCCUGGGCUACAAACUGAGCCCAAGGCCAGCCUGAACUGCAUCUCAAGACCCUGUCUCAAAAAGACCAAAAAUAAAAAAUAAAAAAGUCAAUGUCUUCCCACGUACACAGCUUUGUAUCCGCUGGUGUUCUAACUUUUCUGCUCCAGUGUUCCCUCUUAGGAAUGCUGCCUGCUUCUCUCUGCCUUAUUAUUCCUGGGACUGAGAGCCAAUGAAGUCGCUGACGAAACUUGCCUAAGGUUUGUUCUGGGCUCGCUCGUGCCACCUGGCUGCACCGUUGUGGAGGGAGCGACUCCUAUAACCUGGUGGGUCUUUCUUUCCGCCCUGGUGCUCCAGUGCUGCCUGGCCUGCUUGUCUGCUCUUGGGCAGACCCUACGCUUGGCUCAGGGCCUUUAGGCUGACACAGUAUGCGGCAGGGCUGGGGCUGGCUGGUGCAUGUGUCCCCAGGAGGCUCCCUGCCCUUUGCCUGUCUUAGCUUCUCAAUGUGGUACCUUCUUAGAUGAACUCAGGCUGAAAGCAGAAGCUUUCACAGUGCAGUGGGUCAGGUGCUUUAGGGCAGUUUGUGCUGUGAGAAUGAUGCCCUCCCCUGAAGGUCAUCUGUGCCCAGAUAAGUGAGGACAGAGGUCUGUACCCUUUGGCCAGUGAUUGUUUACAUGUGAACGUUUGAAGCUGGAAGCUGCCACUUGGAUGGGCCCCGCAUUGCCGAGAGGCCGAGCCUUGGAAGCCACUCAGCCUUGGAGCCUCAGGUCACAGGACAGGAAGAGGCUGAAGAUGGAGCCCUGGUGCUGGCACUGAGGAGGGGCCAUCUCAGCGGUGACCUUUUCACACCCUGUACACAGGAGCACUGACGAACAGAGACUGAAACUUUAGAAAACAGACUGCUCACUCUGCUGCCUUGCUAAAGCCAAAGACCCUUUGCAGAAGCAUGGUGAAAAGGUUGAGGAUGUGAGGAGGUUAAAAAUCCUAAAGGCAGCUGGGUAUGGUGGCACUACCUGGAGUCCAGACCACAGGAGGCUGAAGCAGGAGGAGCAUCAUGAGGUUUAGGUCAGCCUCAAUUACAUAGACCCUAUCUCAAGCCAAAAAAAAUUCUAAAGGAGAGGACAAAAUGUGAAGGAGAUUGACUAAAUUUGAUUCUUGCUGAUCAUUUAGCAGCACCUGAUUGAUGGUGGCCCAGAGGUUGGUCAGGCAGUGCUAGGAUGGCUCCAGUGUGUCAAAACUGUUUAUCAAUUACUGUCACUGGUGGGCACCUUUCUUCCUGGAGUUCAUUGCCUUUUUCAUCCUGUUCCAUAUUCCUCAAAUCAAUUCCAUUUGCUGCUUUCCUUCCAUUUCUAAAAGCCAUAGCUUCGAGAUUUGCUGUUGUCAUAUACUCACCAGAAGUGAACCAAUACAGGGAAAGACAUUUUUUUAAAGACUCCCUUCACAGUGUUUUACAGGCUAGUGGUGUUUUCAAGGCUUACCAAUGUAAUUAUUUUUAAAGAUUCUAUUUUUGGCUCUUCUUGUUUUUUCUCAUAGAUUGUCAUGGGCUCAAGAGUUGUCCCUAACCUCUAUUUUUCCAAAUAAGCAGAACUGUUCCUGGGAAUUAUAUCAUUAAAUAUCAAUUGUCUUAGAAGAAAGAUUUUUCUGUCUGCCAAAGUAUUAUGUUAACACCCAGAGUAGGGAUUACACAGGAUGACUCUGAGUGCAUCCCUGUUUGGGGAGGCACUGACUAUCAAAUACCGGGAGGGCCUGGGUGAGUGUCUUGUGUGAAGGACCCUGCCCUCGAGGACACCAGUGUCAGAAGGAACCACCCGGGCACAGAGCUUGCCUGCCCCCAGGACAAGGCUGCAGGAACUUUGUCUCUGGUGGGUUCAAGAAAGUGUUGUUGGGGGACUGGGGAUUUAGCUCAGCGGCAUAAGCACCUGCUUGCAAGCAGGCGGUCAGUCAUGAGUUCGAUCCCCGGUACCGUUAAAAAAAAAAAAAAGUUUUUCCCAUCUGUGAUUCAUUUGUUCAGUUAUUUUGGCUUUUGUCACUUAGCCAAAUAAAGGCACUGUGCUUCCACCUAGA